AUGGGCAAAGGGUUAAAAUUAAAUAAAAAUAAUAAAAAGGGUCAAAAAAAUUUACAAAAAGCGCAACAAAAAGUUAGAAAAGUUAAAGCAAGAAAACAAGAGAAAUUACUCAGUUCAAGUUUAAACCCAGUAUUACAAAAACAACAACUUAGUACAGUAAAUAAAAAACUUUUAUUACAAGAGAAGUUUGACAAAAAGAAAAAAGUUAUAAAGAAGAUAACCAACAAGAGAUUAGAAGAUGUAGAUGAUAUUUCAGCAGCAGAUUAUAAAAAGUCUGAAGAGAAUACAUUAAAGCGUGUUAGAGACCAUGUUUACGACGAUGGUGAUGAUUUAGAUAACUACGAUAUUUUAGGAAGCGACGAUGAAUUACCACAAGAGAAUAUAUUCACAUUCGAUGCAAGCGAUAUUGGUAGCACCGAUUUUAUGAAUGAUGAACAAGUAGCAAAAUUCAAGAAUCAUUUAAAGAAAAACAAGAUGACAAAAGAAUUCGCAGCAUUGGAUAGAAACUCUCACAACAAAAACUAUGAACCACGUGAUGAAGACGAUGAAGAAGAGACAAUCAAUAAAACCAAGUUAUCUAAAAGAGAAAAAGAGAAACUUAAAUUAGAAAAGAAGUUGGUUGAAGCUAAAAUGGUAGCAUUUAAAAAAAUGGAUCCAAUAAAGAAGCGUUAUUGGAAGGAUACCCAAAAGAAUAUCACACAAGAGGAGCUUCGUGAUCAGCGUAUUAAAAUUAAAGCUAAAGUUGAAACAAGCUAUCAAGGUCAAGAGGUACCAAGACCAAUUCUUAGUUUUGAUGAUCCAGAUCUUCCUAAAUCAAUGAAGAAGUUUAUAGAUUUCCUUUGUAACAAAUAUUCAUCGUUCACACAACCAACUCCAGUUCAAUCACAAUGUUGGUCCGGUAUAUUAAGUGGUCAAGAUAUUCUUUCAAUUGCACAAACUGGUAGUGGUAAGACACUCGGUUAUCUUAUACCAGCCAUUCCAAAUAUUUUAGAACACUUGCGUUUACGUAAAGCAAAAAGACAAACUAUGACCGAAGAAGAAAAGAAAGAAAUGAAAAAGAAAUCAAACCUUUUCAAGAAUUCAAAUAUGGGUCCAUUAGUAUUGAUUAUUGUACCAACUAGAGAGUUAGCACAACAAGUAGAAUCAAGUUGUAAACCACUUCGUUCAAAAUUCAAUAUUCACAGUGUUGCAAUUUAUGGUGGUGUUGAGGCUCAACAACAAAAAGAAAUCCUUAGCCAAGAACACAAUGAAAUCGUUAUUGCUACACCAGGUCGUUUAGUUGAUCUUAUUCAAAGAUCUGAAGAUAUUGUUGGUUUAUUAGGUGGGGUCGGUAUGUUAGUCUUUGAUGAAGCCGAUAGAAUGCUUCAAUUAGGUUUUGGUGAUCAAUUACAAAAAAUUUCCGAACAAAUUAGACCAGAUCGUCAAACUUUAAUGUUUAGUGCCACUUUUCCACAUGCUAUGCAAGAGGCCGCUAAAAAAUGGUUAAACAAUCCAUUAAAGAUCAGAGUUAAAUCAAGUAGUGCAAAUCAAGAAAGCUCAGCAAUCGUUUCUAAAAAUGUUAAACAAGUUGUUAAACCAAUUGUAGAUUUAGAUAGACCUCAAUACUUGACAAAUUUCCUUAAAUCAAUUAUGGAUAAAGAAUUAAAUUUAAGAAAUAGAAGUUUAAUUUUAGUAUUUGUAAAUACUAUUAAACAAGCUAUGCCAGUUUUAAAUAUUAUUGAUAAAUUAUGUGUAUCAUAUACAGGAAGAAAAUAUAAAUGUAGUUGUAUUCACGGUGAUAUGAAGCAAAUUGAAAGAGAUGCAGUUAUCAAUGAUUUCAAAUCUGGUAAACUUACAAUCAUAGUUGCAACAGAUAUUCUUGGUAGAGGUAUUCAUAUUAAUAAUUUAAGAUUUGUUAUUAACUAUGAUUUCCCAACAUCAUUAGAACAAUAUAUUCACAGAGUUGGUAGAACUGGUAGACAAGGUAACAAAGGUCAUGCACUCACAUUAUUCACAGAAACUGUUCAAAAUGUACCAAUGGCAAGAGGUUUAAUUAAAAUUUUAGAAGAAUGUAAACAACAAGUAUCCCCAGAUCUUAAGAAGAUUUCAGACAAUUUUAUGGGUGAAGUUUCAAAUGAUGACUUUGAUUCAAUUAAAAAAUUAUUAAAGCAAGACGAAGAAGAAGAAGAAGAAGACAAAGAAGAAUCUUUUGACAGUGAUUUAGAAGGUAGUUAUUUCGAUUCUGACGAAAGUGGUGAUGAUCAAGAUGCUAUGAACUCUGAUGAAAGUGGUUAA